UUCUCCAGAAAUGCAAUACCGUAAAUUGUGAUGGAACACCUCCGAUUUGUAUGUCAACUCAUCAAAGGACCAACUCUUUUUGAUUAAACAAGUAUUAUUGUGUGCUAUAUGUGGAUCGAGUUAGGUUGAGCCAAUGGAAUCCACCAACUUACUAUUGUAGUCUUCGUUGAAGACUCGAAGUCACCUCUCUGAGACUCCGUUCUGGCCACUGACAAACAAAAUAAUGGAGGUUUCUCUCAACGCUAUCGUCACCAUCUUGUUAUUCAUUCUCAUUACGUCUUCAGUUCAAUCAUCAACUGAGAUUAUCACUAGGUUCCAACAAUACCUACAAAUCAACACAGCUCAUCCAAAUCCCAAAUACUACGGAGCUGCAGAUUUCAUAAUUUCUCAAGCUAAAUCACUGAAUCUAGGAUUUGAAACCUUGGAAUUUGUCAAGGGAAAGCCUGUGGUUCUUCUUAAGUGGACUGGCAAGAACCAAAAUCUCCCUUCAAUCCUUUUGAAUUCACAUACAGAUGUUGUCCCAGCAGAACAUUCUAAGUGGAUUUAUCCGCCUUUCGAUGCAAAUGUUGAUGAAUUUGGUGAUAUCUAUGCGAGAGGUUCACAGGAUAUGAAAUGUGUUGGGUUGCAGUAUCUUGAAGCUAUUCGGAGAUUGAAAACUUCUGGUUUUCAACCAAUUCGAACUGUUUAUUUGUCUUUUGUCCCCGAUGAAGAGAUUGGUGGUCGUACUGGUGCCAAGAAACUCGCGGAGUCUGAAAUCUUUAGCAAAAUGAAUGUUGGAAUUGUCCUUGAUGAGGGUUUGGCUUCGCCAAAUGAAACUUACAGGAUUUUUUACGCGGAGAGAAGCGCUUGGAGUCUAGUGAUUAAAGCGACUGGAUCCCCAGGCCAUGGUGCAAAGCUUUAUGACAAUAGUGCAAUGGAGAAUCUGUUGAAGAGCAUUGAAAGUGUGAGGAGAUUUAGGGCGUCACAGUUCGACAUGGUGAAAGCAGGGUUAAAGGCCGAGGGUGAAGUUAUUUCGGUUAAUAUGGCCUUCUUGCAAGCUGGGACACCAUCUCCAACAGGGUUCAUCAUGAAUCUGCAACCAUCUGAAGCCGAGGCAGGUUUUGAUAUUCGACUCCCACCAUUUGCUGAUCCAGCUUCACUGGAGAAAAGAAUUUCUGAAGAAUGGGCACCUUCUACCCGCAAUAUGACAUUUAAGCUUGGGCAGUAUAAGCCGAAAACUCAGAUAGAUGACAAGUCUGGAAAGGCUCAUAUCUCUCCUACUGAUAGUUCAUACGCAUGGUGGAAAUUGUUAGAGGAUGCUGUAAAGAAAGCAAAUGGAAAACUUGGUAUGCCUGAGGUUUUCCCAGCCUCCACUGAUGCUAAAUAUUUCCGCGACCAAGGAGUACCAGCAAUUGGAUUCUCUCCAAUGGCUAAUACACCAAUUCUGCUUCAUGACCAUAACGAGUUCCUCAACCAGGCGGAGUACUUGAAAGGAAUUCAGAUGUAUGAGUCGAUCAUAAAAGAAUUCACCUCUUAUGCUGGGUCAGAGAGCGAUGAAGCUUCCAGAGAAGACUUGUAAGACUGGUAUCUAAUAGAUGCAUUAGCCUCAUGUAAUAUAAUGAAUUGCAGCAGAUAUUUGUCCUAAAAUUCAUCUGGAGAACAACUGACAGAAUCGUUCAGGUAUCUCGGUGUUUUGUUGA